AUGGCUGCAAUGCAUGCCCCAGAAGGUCCCAACCCCUGGCACACCUGUGUGCUGAUUGUGAUCUUCACAGUUCUCCUGCAGUCCCUCUCUGUUGCCGUGACUUACUUGUACCUCAACAAUGAGCUGAAGCAGAUGCAGGACAAGUACUCCAAAAGUGGCAUCGCUUGUUUCUUAAAGGAAGAUGACACUCCUUGGGACACUGAUGAUAAAGAGAGUAUGAACAACCUCUGCUGGCAGGUCAAGUGGCAACUAAGUCAGCUCGUUAGGAAGAUGAUUGUGAAAACCUAUGAGGAAACCAUUCCUACAGUUCAAGAAAAGCAACAAGCUAUUCCUCCCACAAUAAGAGAAAGAGGACCUCAGAGAGUAGCAGCUCACAUAACUGGGACCAACCAAAGAAGUAGCAACACAUUCCCAGCUCCAACCUCCAAGAAUGAAAAGGCUUUGGGCCAGAAAAUAAACUCCUGGGAGUCAUCAAGAAAAGGACAUUCAUUCCUGAACCACUUCCACUUGAGAAAUGGAGAACUGGUUAUCCAUCAAACGGGGUUUUAUUACGUCUAUUCUCAAAUAUACUUUCGUUUUCUGGAACCUGAGGAAAUUUGGGGAACAGUUUCAGAAGAAGAGAACAAAAAGAAAAACAAGCAAAUGGUACAGUAUAUUUACAAAUCCACAAACUAUCCUGAUCCUAUACUGCUGAUGAAAAGUGCUAGAAAUAGUUGUUGGUCUAAAGAUUCAGAAUAUGGACUCUAUUCUAUCUACCAAGGUGGAGUAUUUGAGCUUAAGGAAAAUGACAGAAUUUUUGUCUCUGUAACUAAUGAGCAUUUGGUAGACAUGAACCAAGAAGCCAGUUUUUUCGGGGCCUUUUUAGUUGGCUAAAUGAUCUGCAAAGAAAGAAUAAUACCUUCAAUGUGACCAUUCAUUCUUCAUGAUGAUACAGUAUGAAAAAUUCCAAGAAAUAUGACAAAGAAGGGCAAUCUGAGUAGAGCAGCCUCAACCGAAAAACUCUGCAAUGCACAUUUUUUAAUAUCUUUGAAGGUGACCCACUUAUACCAAGAAAAUGACGUUGCUAAAAGAACUUCCACGGAUCUAGCUGAUGAUAUCAGUUUGCCAGCAGAAAUCUAGAAGAUUCUCAGCUUCCAAACAUUUAUACAA